GUCUGUUGGAAAGCAGCAUGCGCCUGAAGCCUCAUGAGGCUCAGAGUUACAGGAAGAAAGCCCUGUGGGUGUCCUGGAUCUCCAUUGUGGUGACGCUCAUCCUGGCAGUGGCAGGUUUCACUGUAUCCUUCAUGAGACACAGUGCUUCAGCAUUUGGAUUUGCUUUUGAUGCGACGUUAGAUGUGCUUUCCUCCAUUAUAGUGCUGUGGCGCUACAGCAACGCUGCAGCAGUGCACUCGGCCCAUAGAGAAUACAUAGCAUGUGUGAUACUGGGAGUGAUCUUCAUCUUAUCAUCUCUGUGUAUUUUGGGGAAAGCCAUCCAUGAUCUGGCCACCAAACUUCUACCUGAAGUGGAUGACUUUCUGUUCAGCGUUUCUAUCGUCAGUGGCCUCAUGUGUGUCAUUCUUGCUGUUGCCAAGUUCAUGCUGGGAAGGAUUUUGACCAGCAGAGCCCUAAUCACUGACGGCUUUAACUCUAUGGUUGGAGGCAUCAUGGGCUUUUCCAUCCUCAUCAGUGCCGAGGUGUUCAGACAUUAUCCCAACGUCUGGUACCUGGACGGAACCAUCGGGAUCCUGAUUGGACUCGUCAUUCAAGCUUAUGGAGUCAAGCUAUUGGUUGACAUGAUACCACGAGUAAGACAAACUCGAAACUAUGAGCGCUUUGAGUAACGCUGGCUCAGAGGAAAAGAAAGGCAUUGUGUGGAUCCAUCUUUCCCUUUUCACUCCUGCUGCUCUCUCAACACACACGAUACCCAAACAAAUCCAGGAAUAACGUGCUGGCAGCCAAAUCAGCAUCAUAUACAUCCAGACCAGCUUCUCACGUCCUCCUUCUCUCAGCACAACUCUGAAGAGAGAAUGGAGGAAAAAAACAAGCAGUUCAA